AUGACGGAAACUAAUGAUCAUAACACAGAGAUUGAUAAUUUACAGGAAGAACAAGAAGAUGAAUUAGGUCUUCCGAAAGCUGGUGAUGACGAUGAUGAUGAAGAAUUGAAUAUUGAUCAAAUUUUAGCAGAGCAUGGUAUUAAAGAUGAGGAUGAUCAAGAUAUAGCUGAUACUGAUCAAAAAACCGAAGAAAAUACUGAAAAUAAAGACGGAAUUGAUGUAGAAAAACUUUCGAAAAAUUCAGAACUGGAAACAGACGAAAAUUCUACCAAUGCAUUGAAAGGAGGAGAUUCCCAAGAAAUACUAGAUGAAGUUAAUAGGUUUUUGAACAACGAACUUGGACAAUUUGGUGAUUCAGGUUUAAUUGAUUCAGCAAAUAUCAAUAAUGCAUCUGAAUUUGUUGCAGAAAUACAUAACGAUGAAAAUACUGAUGAAAAUAAAGAAGAUGUUGAUGAAGGGAAGGAAAAAGUUGAAGAUUCAAUACCUGCAGAAGAGGAUGAACUUGUGUUAGAAGUGUCCAAGCAAGAGGGAGAAGAAGAAACAAAAGAAGAAAAUGAAGAAGCGAAUAGUGAAGAAAUACUGGUAAAUUCUUCCCCUAAGCAAGCAAAAUCUUCUGGAAAUGAAGAAAACCAACAAAUAUCUGAUAAGGACGAAGAUAUAAUAUUUGAUCCUAAGAAUGAUCCUUAUGUUCUCCUUAUCUAUCCACCUAAUCGUAAGUCAAAACAAGCAAUUUCAACAAUUUCAGAAAAACCAACAGCAAAGAAGUCAAAUAUACCACGCUGUUUCUCAGUAACUCAAAAGAAGCGCGAACAGCAAGCAGAGGAACAACAGUUGCAAGAUGAAGAUGAUUCAUCGUUGAAUCAAACGCAAACACUAGAUAAAAAAUCAGUUGGUCAAGCUCCUAUCUCAGCUAAAUCAUCGAACCUCGCAAAUGAGAGAAAUGAAAGGCUCAUUCGUGGAGCGGUUGGACCCCGUAAACUCCUUACAAAGAUGCAAGCUGAGACUGCCUUAUCUCUUUUCAAUAUUAGCGGAUCUGCAGCUCUUAAGAUUGUAAAUCAAUGUAGUGUUAGUGGUGGAAAGGUUUCUGCAGAUAAUAUUAUUCAAUUCCUACUUUCAAACACUGAUCCUAACAUACAUACCCCUGUAUCAGUUCUUGUUAAGUCUGCUCUCACUAACAUGAGAAAUACUGUUUUGUCACCAAGAAAGAAAUAA